AUGGAUGACAGUAUGGAUGGUAUGGAAGACAAUUCAGGCGGUGAUCGUAUGGACACGAAUGGCGGACGCGUUGAUGACAAUUGCCUUCAGGCCUUUCUGGCCAUCGACACCGACCAAGAGAUGGACAACAACUUUGCCGAUAACCUACACCUCAAGAGUCGCAGGAAGUCCUUGUCGUCGAAGAAUAGCAUUAAAUCCAAUUCAAGUGAUGGCAAGCAUUCGGUGAAGAGUGUGGUGUCAGAGAAGGGCGCGAAUCGGUCACAAACGGUGUUUCUGGCCAUCAAAGACACCUACUGUUGGGACUGCCAUAAGAGUGGAGUCGACUUCUCCUGUAAGGCAUGUCUUCGCAGUUAUCAUCAAAAGUGUUCGUCACUGAAGAGAAGUCCGUCGGCUGUCGACAACCGGUUGUGUCCCGAAUGUACGGACAUAAUGAAGGCCGAGGAGGAGACCAAUCGG